GCGGGGUCGACCCCCACUUACAGGCCGCCCCAGGGUCCGCCCCGCCUUUUUCCAGCAAUAGCUGUACCACCUUGGCAUUGCCCAGUCGCCCGGCAGCGGCAUGUGUCAAGGCUGUCAUCCCGUCCAGGUCUCGCAGGUGGACGUCGGCGCCGCGGUCGAGCAGGCACCCCACCACGGAGCUAUGUCCUCGGGAGGCCGCCAGCAUCAGGGGCGUCCAUCCGUGCUCGUCCGUCACAUCGAUGGCCUCGGAAUGGGAUUCCAAUAGACAUAGGACUAUCUUUUCAAGCCCCCAUUGCGCCGCACUAUGAAGAAGAAGAGGCACAGGGAGCAGGUUACUACCGUCUGGUGAAGGCUGAUGCAUCUACUUUCUUCCGGAGCACAAUCUUUAUCAGGCAGCUAUGCCUGUGGCACGGCGAUACGGCCUUUUCUGUUUCUGACGAUGUACGCAAAAUUACGUCAGCUAUCCCGGUAAGCUUGGCAGUAUGCCACAAUGCGUCCUUUGGUUUGCCACGGCUGUGGUUGAGGUGCGUGGCCACAGUAAUACCCGCGUGAGUGCCUGUCAGAAGGUCUUUG